AGACAAUUUCAAUACUUUCAAUAUUAUCCAUCACACAUGUCAUAAGUUGAUACCUACUGUCUAAUAAUACAAGAAAGAACAAUUUGUGAAAAUCAUGAAAACAAGAAUUUUAUCCUUGGGAAAAACAUUUGCCAAAUUCUUCGAACCUAGAAAAUAUGCUACACGUCCAGUUCGGUGUGAUGCACAUAUGAAUGAACUGCCAGUGCCAUGUGGGCCAUGGGAACUUUGGUAUAAGGAUAGACAGAGUUAUUACAAUAAGUUCCUGUUUGCUGGGAUUACUUGGUGGUUAUUUUCAUUAUUUAUGGUGAUUUAUACAGAGAGCAUAUUCUUAAACUGGGGCCCGCCGGCACAACCCGGACCACCUAGUGAUAUGGUGGAGGAAUGUGAUGACAGCGAUACAUGAACAACCUUGUUUCAUUGAAAUUAA